CUGGCAAAGCAGGCGGCCGCCACGCCCCUAAAGUCCUCCCGCAUCCAGUCGCACACUAUCCGCAUCCUCUUCAUCCACAUCUUCGCUGUUAGCGGGACUAUAUAUAUAAGCAGGGCGACGUCAGAGCUCAUUACCGACCACACAGCGUCGCCUUCGCCCGUCAUCGGCUGCUGAUCACCCGGCGGACUUUCCGUGUCACUAAUAUCGACUAUGGACGACUUAGACGUUCCCCAGAUGCGGAGGGAAGUGGAAUCGCUUCAGUAUCAGCUCGCCAUCAACAGGGAGAAGUCUUCUAUCACGGUCACUGAGUUGGUGAAGUGGAUCGAGAGCUGCGUGUGCGAGGACCCUUUUCUGAACCCGGAGCUGAUGAGAGCCAAUCCUUGGGUGGAGAAGGGGAAGUGCGUGAUCCUCUGAUGAUGGCACUCGCAUCAAAAUACGUCUCCACAGUCAAUGCACGGAUGCACCACGUAUAAUGUGCGCGCACAUCCACACACACUGCACUAAAAACACACACAGAGCACACACUCACU